AUGCACAGGAUAUUGAACAUUAAUCAGUACCACCCACAGUUGGGAGAUGACGGUAUGGUAGCUCCAUGGAUUCUAUGGAGACUGUGGAAGAAUCGAAAUGACCUCGUUUUUAAGGGGAAACAGUUUGAUGCACCAGAUAUGGAGCUUGGAAUGCAGAACGCAGCAAGUGUGGCAUCGGCUGGGUGCUUAGAAACUCCGACAAGAACGUGCUUUGGAUGGGUGCAAGGGCUAUCAAUGACUCAAUCCGCCUUGGUUACUGAGGCUGAAGCCAUGCGUUGGGCGGUGUUGUCACUCUCUCGACUCAAUUACCGAAAGGUAAUCUUUGAAUCUGACUCCCAACAAUUGGUGUCUAUUCUUGUUGAUAACGGUGAUAUGCCUAUUCUGGACCCUAUUCUACAAGACAUCAAGCUCUUGCUUCAGCAUUUUGAGGAAACAAAGUUUGUGUUCAUGCAUCGUGGAGGCAAUGGAGUGGCAGAUAGGAUAGCAAAGGAAUCUCUUUCUCUUGAGAAUUAUGAUCCUAAGUUGUAUUCUAUAGUGCCAUAUUGGGUAAAAUCGUUUGUGGAAUUAGACAAGUUGUAA